AGGUCACGCAGGGUUCAAAUUUGUCAGAUUUUGAUAUAUUCAAUGUGUUUUGCCCUCAAUGGAUCCUCCUCCUCCAUGGCGCCGCCACUCGCCGGAGUUCGAUUCCCUCCUCGUCGCCGGCCCGCGCCUCGGCCCGCUCAAGCAGGCCCACGCGCGCCUCGUCGUCGCCGGCCACGGCGGCUCGCUCCCGCUCGUCACCAAGCUCGCCACCCUCGCCGUGGCCGCCGGCGCCGCGCCCUACGCGCACCUCCUCGCGGCGUCCCACCCCGCCUGCGACUCCUUCCUCCUCUCCUCCCUCGCCCGCGCCGCCGCGCAUCGCGGCCUCCCCGGCGAGGCCAUCGCUUUCUACGGGCGCCUCCUCGCCGCCGCGCUCCCUUUCUCCAGCUUCGCCUUCACGGCCGCCGCCAAGGCCUGCGCCGACCUCUCCGCGCUCCGCACCGGCAUGGCGGUGCACGCGCACUCCGUCCUUCUCGGGUUCGGCUCCGACCGGUUCGUGCAGACGGCGCUGGUCGUGCUCUACUCCAAGUGCGGCCAGCUACCCGUUGCACGCAAGCUGUUCGACGCAAUUCGUGACAGGAGCGUGGUCGCUUGGAACGCCAUGAUUUCUGGGUAUGAGCAGAAUGGGCUUGCUGAGCGUGCGAUUGAGGUGUAUAGGGAGAUGCAGGUGGCUCAGGUGGUUCCUGAUUCCGCAACGUUUGUCGCUACGCUCUCUGCUUGUGCGCAGGCUGGUGCUCUGGAUUUGGGACGUGAAGUGGAAAGACGUAUCGUCUCUGACCAGAUGGACGUGUCUGUGUUUCUUGGCAGUGCUCUUGUCAACAUGUAUGCCAGGUGCGGUCUUGUGAGCAAGGCUCGCGAUUGGUUUGACAGGCUCCAAGAGAGGAAUGUGGUCACAUGGACUUCCAUGAUCGCAGGGUAUGGAAUGCAUGGCCAUGGUCGCGAGGCGAUCAAGCUGUUCCACUUGAUGAGACGUGAGGGGCCAACACCCAAUGAUGUCACUUUUGUGGCUGUCUUAGCUGCGUGUGCGCAUGCUGGGUUAGUUAAUGAGGGUCGCAAUGCUUUUGAUUCCAUGAAGAGGGUCUAUGGACUUGUCCCUCGUGCCGAGCACUACUGUUCUAUGGUUGAUAUGUAUGGAAGAGCUGGACUUCUUGAUGACGCAAUGCAGUUUAUAUGUGAUUCCAUACCAGAAGAACCAGGACCUGAAGUUUGGACAGCGAUGCUUGGAGCGUGCAAGAUGCACAAGAAUUUCAAUCUUGGGGUGGAGGUGGCUGAGCGAUUGAUUGCUCUUGAGCCUGAGAAUCCAUCCCAUCGAGUGCUGCUUUCGAAUAUAUAUGCUCUUUCUGGUAAAAUGAAUCACGUCGAGAAGGUGAGGAAUGUCAUGAUCAAGAGAAGAUUGAAGAAGCAAAUCGGAUACAGCUUGAUUGAGCUAGGAGGUACUUCACAUUUGUUCCGCAUGGGCGAGAAGUCUCAUCAGCAAACGAGAGAAAUUUACCGGUACUUGGAGGAACUGAUUCAUAGGAUUAGUGAUGCUGGCUAUGUACCUGAAACUGACUCAGUGCUGCAUGAGUUGGAAGAAGAGGAGAGGGAGGUUGCACUGAGAUAUCACAGUGAAAAAUUGGCAGUAGCAUAUGGCCUCAUGAUGAGCAGUGGGAGCACCGCUCCAAUCAGGGUAAUAAAAAACCUGCGGAUAUGUGGCGAUUGCCAUCUCGCAAUCAAAUUCAUGUCAUCAGUGGAGAGCAGAGAGAUAAUUGUCAGGGACAAGCACCGCUUUCACCAUUUUAAAGAUGGCAAGUGUUCCUGUUUGGAAUAUUGGUAACUCUCCCUGGCUGUUCUUAGGUGCAAUUCCCAGGUACUAAAUUGACAUAAUAGUUUCUCAGGAUUGAAUCACUUCACGUAAAAAGUCUACUUUGCUUUUGCCAAACAAGUUGCCUAUCAUUGUGUACACUACCCAACCAGGACCUUUAUCAUCAGCGUCAUCUUGUCAAUAUUUUAUCACCCAUGGCACAAGGUAACUUCUUCUGGGUUGUCUAAUUCAAUAAGUAGAGUAAUUUUUCCUGAUUGAUGGGUUCUGUUGCUUCUCUGUUUGGUUAUUUGUGGGCUCUGGCUUGUUGGUAAGUGUGUUGGAUUUGGAGAACUCCUUUUCUCUUAAUAUGCUAACCCAAGUUUUCAGCUUAGUUACAUUACAUUUAUCUUUCCCCCAAAAAAAACAAGACACAUGUUUGUAUAAGAUUAACCAUUUAUUUAUUUUUAUUUUUUCACUGGCAUUUCGAUUGAAUUCAGCAUAGUUCGUAACGAUGAUCUUAAUUGUUGUCAGUUCCCUAUUUCUACGUUUUGCUCGCAAGUUUGUAUCAAGCUCCAUCAUUGUUCUAAUCUAUUAUAUUAUUAAAGGAAUAGAAAAAGGAGCCUCCACGUUCGCUCUCAUGGUCUAGAAAUUCUCACAUUAAUCGGAGAAAAAGAAAAAGUUAAGUUCAUAUAGAAAUACAAUUUAGAAAUAGCUGAAAUUCGGAAUAAAAAAAAGGAAUAUUAGAAGAGGAGACUAGAGUCCAUAUAGAAAUACAAUUUAGAAAUAGUUGAAAUUCGGAAUUAAAAAAUAAGGAAUAUUAGGAGAGGAGACUAGAGUCCAUAUAGAAAUACAAUUAGGAAAUAACUGAAAUUCGGAAUUGAAAACAAAGAAUAUUAGAAGUAGAGUAUAGAGUCCAUAUAGAAAUACAAUUAGAAAAUAAUAGAAAUUCGGAAUUAAAAAUAAGGAAUAUUAGAAGUAGAGUAUAGAGUCUAUGUAGAAAUACAAUUAAGAAAAAAAAUAGAAAUUCGGAAUUAAAAAAUAAGGAAUAUUAGAAGUAGAGUAUAGAGUCUAUAUAGAAAUACAAUUAAGAAAAAAAAAUAGAAAUUCGGAAUUAAAAAAUAAGGAAUAUUAGAAGUAGAGUAUAGAGUCCAUAUAGGAAUUUAAAACUAACUAAAAUUCGGAAUAAACAUAAUAAAAUUAAAAGUAGAGUUUAGAGUCCGUGUAAAAAUACAAUUUACAAAUAUCGAGAUUAAGAAAAACAUGGGAAGAAGAGUUAAAAGUAAAUAUAGGAAUGCAAUUUAGAAGUAACUGAAAUUCGAAAUUAAAAAUUAAAGAAUAUUGAAAGAUGAGUUUAGAGUCCACGUAGAAAUACAAUUAAAAAUAAUAAAAAUUCAGAAAUAAAAAUAAAUAAUAUUGGAAGAGCAUAGAGUCUAUAUAGAAAUAUAAUUUACAGAAAAUUCGGAACUAAAAAAAGAAAUAUUAAAAGACGAAUCUAGAGUCCAUAUAGGAAUAUAUAUAAUUUACAAAUUUAAAAUUUGAUAAUAAAAAUAAUUAAUAACUAACACGUAUAUAAAAUACAAUAUGAAUAUUACCCAUUAGUAGUUUCGUAAAGUUAUUGCAAAAUUUAAAAUUAUGUUGUCAUUUUAAUAUAUUUGAAUAAUAUAUUGAGAAAACAUAUAUGCUGUUAUAUGAGAGAAAAUAUAAUAAUGCUAGCCGUGCAAGCUGUGCGGGCCACCAUGCUAGUUUUGCUUUAUUUUAUAAGAAGCCAGAAUCCUGGAAUCAUGAAAAUGGCUUUUGGAAGGAAAAGAUGCACUCCGACGAAAAUGUGCUGCAACUGCCGUUACUCAAGUGUUUGAAGUUGCAGGUCAGAUUCUAGGAUAUGUGUGGCUGUGGGCUUGGAUACAGUGCUACACUGCAAUAAAAUUCUUGCCGAUGAGGAUGAGAGUUAACCGGAUAAUACAGAAGCAUGGUGAUAAUUACAAGGUUCAGACUACGUUGAACAGCAUGCAAAAGCUCUGGAAGAGAUACAUGUUGGUGACGAGAAUAUUGUAGCAUCAUACAGACAUCUGGAAUUCAAUUUUACAAUGUACUUUACUCCUAACCUCACACUAAUGAGGAAGAAAUCGCUGACAAGAAAUAUGUAAGCUAAUUGUAAGUGUAUAAAAAUGGACUUGUUGGCUGUUGGAGAGGACUACAAUCAGAUGGAUUGCUAGCAUUCACCUUCAAUUUGGAACAAAAUUAGGAAAUACACACAAAAAAAGUCAAAGUUCUUCUGUAUUUUUAUCUAGGGAUCUAAUUGUGGAUUCAGCAAAUUUAAUUGUUAUUACUCACAUCUGAUAACAGUGAAAAGCUUAUGUGUGGUUUUAGGUUCCAAUGCUCCAUAAUCAAUU